GCAACAGGCUGGAACCCCUAGAUAAGAAUUGCUUCCGAACUCUCCAUAUCGUCAUACAUUGCACAUCAUCAUCUAUGGGUCCGAUGUACAGAGAACUAGCAAAGACCGCCUUCGGGUACCCCAUCAUCGACAACCAUGCCCACCCAUUCUUGAAAUCAGAGCACCGCGACGCCAUCCGAUACGAAGUACUCAUAUCUGAGGCCCACGGCGAUGCUUUGGACGAUGCUGUCCACACUCUUGCUUGCUUGCGUGCAACAGCUCAGUUAUCCAAGCUCCUCGGUAGCGAUCCUACCUGGGAAGGUGUCAAUAAAAAGAGACUCGAGUUGGAUUAUGCAGAGUUGUGUAAACUCUGCAUGGAGCCCACGGGAAUUCAGUGCAUAUUGUUCGACGAUGGCCUGGGUGGAAUCGCAGAAAUGGCUGAAGAUUUGAAUUGGCACGACCAGUACACUAAAAGUCCAUCGAAGCGGAUUGUGAGAUUAGAAGUGGAGGGCCAGAACAUCUUACAAAACAUCCUCAUCGCAAAUGAUAACUCUCCUCUUUCCAUGGGUAUCCUCUGCGACACAUUCCUGAAGGAUUUUACCGCCUGUAUGAACGACGCUGCCAAAGAUGAGCUUGUGGUAGGGUACAAAUCUGUCGCUUGCUACAGAACCGGUCUGGACGUCGACCCUGCACCCUGCAGCGCGGAUGAACUUUACCAGUGCCUAACAGCUGCAUCCGAGGAGUUCAAGGAGAAAGGUUCCAUUCGCUUCCAGCACAAAGCCUUGAACGAUCACCUAGUCAAAAUAGUCCUCGAUAUCGCAGGGAAAUGCAAGAAACCUAGUCUGGGAGACAAUGACAUUGCGUUGACAAAGUCUUCUCCGGCGCAUAUGCAGCCCAUUAUCAAGGCCUUCCCAGAAACGAUAUUCGUUCUCUUGCAUUCCAGCUACCCUUACACGAGAGACGCUGGCUAUCUCACAUCCGUAUACAAGAACGUUUAUCUCGACUUCGGAGAGAUUUUCCCCUUUAUCUCCGCUGACGGCCAACGCACCGUCAUACGUGAAGUGCUUGAGUUGGCGCCUACCAACAAGAUCUUGUGGUCCAGUUCUAUCCUCGCCACUACCCAAGCUCGCGAGGCGAUGUACGAGGUAUUGGCGGACUUCGUCGGUAGACAAGACCUCACGGAAGACCAGGCAGUGUCUAUCGUGAAGAUGGCAUUUUUUGAAAAUGCGAAUCGUAUCUAUAUGCUAGGGCUUCAGCCGAACGUUGGUAUUUUGUCUCCCCAGUCGUAGUCGGAAUAGUAGUUGUCUCCCUAUCCAUUGUUACUUGCCCGAGAAGACAGAAUAUUCCAAUGAAGUGAGAUGUUGAGACGAUGAUAGCAGGUAGU